UUACCUAUUUAAUGUUAUCCUCCAUGGAUAUCAUUAUCAUCAUCAUAGAUAUCACGGAACUGGUACUCCGCAGACUGCUACAGUGACUGCAAUUAUUGGAAAUUUCUCUCCCCUGUUCGACUUGGGGAUUUAUAAUGGACGACUCCAUUGCCUUAUCAGAUUCCGGCAAUUCGUCCCGCAAAAUCGUCAACAUCGCCGCCGGUGAAUCUCACACCCUUGCUCUCGCAGGGAAUGGAGUCCUGUACUCGUGGGGAAGAGGAAUGUUUGGUCGGCUCGGGACCGGUAAAGAGUCUGAUGAGCUUUUUCCUGUUCAGGUCAAGUUUGAUUUUCCGGGUGAACCUGAAAGAGGGAGGCUCAACAUUGUGGGGAUUGCCGCUGGUGCUUAUCAUAGUGUUGCUUUAGCAGAUGAUGGAUCUGUUUGGUGCUGGGGUUACAACAUCUAUGGCCAACUCGGUAAUGGUGGAAAUAAUUCUAUGGUCCCCUGCUUGGUAGAGCAUUUCCUUGAGUUGGGUGGUACUGAUUCUCUGACAAAUGAAUCAGGAGAGCAAAGUAAAGAAUCAUUAAAGAUUUGUUCUGUGAAAGCUGGAGGUAUGAUGUCUAUGGCGAUUGAUAAUCUUGGAGCUUUGUGGAUGUGGGGCAACUGUCCACAGCAAAGCAGUGACAAUGAAGGUGGUUUUUCCCUUGGAAGCACUUUCACUCCAAUUCCUGUGUGGGAUUUCCAUGGACACACUGUUGUUAAGGUGGCAUGCGGAAGUGAACAUGUUGUAGCCCUUGUUAGUGCUGGAGAAAAAUAUGAAGGUGAGGAUCUAGUGUGCUACACUUGGGGAAAUAAUAAUCAUGGGCAGUUAGGUCUGGGGGACAGAGAGAACAGACCGCGCCCUCAAGUUGUUGAAACAUUUAACAAAGACUCCCCCAGGGCAGUUUAUGAGAUUGCUUGUGGUGCCUUCCAUACUGCCUUGCUUACACACAAAAAGAGACCUAACAACACAUUAGAAAGUAUGUGCUGGACAUUUGGACUUGGGGAUAAUGGACAGCUUGGGCUUGGAACCACCGAAAGUGCACUGAUUCCUAAACCCGUAAAAGAACUGCCACAGUAUGUCUACCUUACUUCUAUUGAUUGUGGCCUAUUCCAUACGAGUGUUGUUUCCUCAGCUGGAGAUGUGUGGUCAUGGGGAAUGGAGAAGGGUCUAGGCCUAUGUCCAGAUGCUAGUUUCUCUGGAAUUGAUGCAGGUGAUGCUGUUCGCCCUCUAUUAAUUUCAUGUAGCGGGCUACAUCAACCCAAAUUUCAAGAUCCAAUUCAGGUUGCUUGUGGGGCUGCCCAUACUAUUGUUGUUGCACAUGAUGGAUACAGGCUUUGGUCUUGGGGUCGGGGAAGGAGCGGAGUCCUUGGAAAUGGCCGUGCAGUUGAUUGUUAUGCUCCCACUGCUAUAUUAUGGCCUCCACUAGCAGAUGAUUUCAAGCAAGAGGAAUUAAAGACAGGCCACGAGGAAGAUAAGAUUACAGAGAAAAAGUCCAAAGAUGUGUCAGAAACAGAUAAAAAAUUGUCUUUGGCCAUGGAGGAGAUGAAACUCCUUCAGUCCAAACUUUCUGCAAUGGAAAAAUAUGCCAGCAUACUUCAUAGUUCAAUUUUUGGCAAACCAUUUGAUGAGAGAGACAUUCCAGCCUCGUUGCAUAACUCAGUUAACUUCGAUAUUGCAAGAGAGUGGGAGAACAUGUUAGAAUCAGCAGAUCGAGGUAGGCUUAUCAGGUUGGAAAUGUUCUACAGAAACUUGAUUGCUGGUGUUAAGGACAAGCUGAUGAAGAAAAGGAUCCAGGAGAUUGUACAGGAGUGCCUUGCUUCUUCAACUAAUGGAAAAUAAUGCUGCAACAGGAAUGCCAUAUACAGGAAACCUGGUGCAGCAUGGUUAAAAAUGAUUCACAGAUCUUUAGAUUGUAUGUCUGAAUGAUUGCAAUAAGUUGUGUGUGUAGACAGGGAUGCCUUGUGAAAAUACAGAAUUGAUUCCUGCAAAUAAUGUAUACUGAAUUAUAGAAAAUGAAAAUUUGUAUUGUGUAAUUUGCAGUGAAAACUAUUGAUGAACAACCAUGUUAGAUUUAUAA